GGUGCCGCCCGGGCUGCGCUUCGCCAGGGCAGCUCUGGCGGCUAGGGCGCCCAAGGCUCAGGAUGCGACUGGUGGGCACGCUGUUCAUCCUGGUAGGCAGCCUGCUGCUGCUUCUCCUCCUGCGUCUGCUCUGGUGGCCGGCGGACGCUCCCGACCGCUCCAGGCUGGUGGUGAAGGAAAGCAAGGAGGACCGCAGCGGCACUUCGGCAGUGCUCAGGACACUUUGGAGCUCACCAACGACCCCAGCACCACACACCAGGAAUAGAAACACCACAUAUCUGGAUGAGAAGUCCCUGCAACUGAUGGAAAAAUGCAAAAACCUGCAAGAUGGCUUGAACUCUUUAUCUAACAAAACGAGAAGGUACUCAGAGGGUGACUACCUUCAGAUCAUCGCAAACAUACAGAGAUGCCCAUGGAGAAGGCAAGCGGAAGAAUAUGAAAAUUUCAGAGCGAAGCUGGCUUCCUGUUGUGAUGCUGUUCAAAACUUCGUGGUUUCCCAGAAUAACACUCCAGUGGGGACUAACAUGAGCUAUGAGGUGGAAAGCAAGAAGCAAAUCCCUAUUCGAGAGAACAUUUUUCAUAUGUUCCCAGUGUCCCAGCCUUUUGUGGACUACCCCUAUAGCCAGUGUGCAGUGGUCGGCAAUGGGGGGAUUCUGAACAAGUCUCUCUGCGGAGCGGAAAUUGACAAAUCUGACUUCGUGUUUAGGUGUAACCUACCCCCAGUCACAGGGGAUGCUAAUAAAGAUGUUGGGAGCAAAACAAAUCUUGUGACUGUGAACCCCAGCAUCAUCACCCUGAAAUAUAGGAAUUUGAAAAAGAAAACAAAGUUUCUGGAGGAUAUUUCCACCUAUGGAGACGCAUUCCUUCUCCUGCCAGCCUUUUCCUACAGGAUCAACACUGGCAUCUCUUUUAAAGUCUACGAAACGCUCAAAGAGUCGAACGAGAGGCCAAAGGUCCUCUUCUUCCACCCCAGGUACCUGAAACAUCUCGCUCGUUUCUGGAGAACUAAGGGAGUGACCGCAUACCGCUUGUCCACAGGCUUGAUGAUCGCCAGCAUCGCGGUGGAACUGUGUGAAAACGUGAAGCUCUAUGGAUUCUGGCCUUUCUCUAAGACUGUGGAAGAGAUGCCCCUCAGCCACCACUACUAUGACAACAUGCUGCCUAAGCGUGGCUUCCACCAGAUGCCCAAAGAAUAUGGCUUGAUGCUGCAGCUCCAUAUGAAAGGGAUCAUCAAACUGCAGUUUAGCAAAUGUGACACGGCUUAAGGUUUCUUAAACUGGAAAUGCCUGGUAUCUCCAAACACUAAAGGAGUAUGCGGGUGUGGGGCG